AUGCUGUCAAUUGAUACACAACAAAAUGAUUAUAAAGCAUUAACAAAAAUAUAUAUGGAUUAUUUUAAUUCUGAAAAAUUUGCAAAAUUUUUAAAUACAACUCAAACUGGUUAUGCUCAUUCAUCAUCUGGGAUUGAUUUUCCAAGAUUUAUGAGAACUUUAUUUACAUCAAUAUGCUUUUGCACAAUUCAAUUAACUUUAUUUUGUUCUUUACGAUCUAUAUUCAAUUUUUUAUAUCAACCAAGAUGUUUUUGCGUUCCUGUAAAUGAGAGAAUGGAAGUAUUACCUAGAGGAUUUUUCAAAUGGAUUGUGCCAACUUUAAAAACUAGUAUAAAUACUUAUUUAUCAUUAGGUUUGGAUGCUUAUUUUUUCAUACGAUUUAUUUCAGUGCUAUUAUUAUUCUUUUCAUUUAUUGGAACUUUAAAUAUGAUCAUAUUAAUCCCUAUAAAUUUUACAGGCAGUGACAGUUCAUUUGAAGCUUCAGGUUUGGACAAGCUUAGUUUGUCUAACAUAGCAAGUUCAAAUGUUUAUAGACUAAAUGCUCAUUUUGUAAUGGGUGUUAUAACAAUUGGAUUAUUUCAUUGGUUGUUAAUUUAUGAAUUUCAAAGUUUUGUGACGAUAAAACAGUCAUAUGUACUUUCAAAAUCACAUAAGAAUUCGGUAUUAGCCAGAACAAUAAUGUUAUUUAAUGUUCCUCCCCAUAUACAAGAUAAAGAUAUACUUUAUGAAUUACUUGACAUAAUUCCGGGUGGUAUAAGAAACAUCUGGGAAGUGUAUGAAUUUGACAAAAUUGAGCAUGAAGUUGAAAAGUCAAAAGAUGCUCUAGAAUUUAUUGAAUUAUCUCAGUUAUGGACGUUGAAGAAAUAUUAUAAAUCUAAGCUGAAAUGGUGGGGUCACUCUGAACUUCAAGAAUUUUUGAAAAAACAUGAUAUAAAGUUUUAUCCUCCAAUCUAUUGUCAUUUGAUAAAGAUACCCCAAAUUGAUAGAACUAUCAAAUUUCGACUUCCAGGAUGGAUUCGAUUCUUCUUGUUCCAACAACGAGUUUCGAUGUUGGAAUGGUCAUUAACGAUGUUAUUUAAUUGUCAAAUGGAAAUAGAAAAUCAGAAAUUAAAACUCAACAAUUCUGAAUUAACAAAACAUAAUAAAUUAUUUAUUGAAUUCGAAACACAACAAGGAGCAUGUAUAGCACAUCAAUGUUUACUCUCACAAAGUCAAGGGUUCUUAGAUAAAACUAUCAUGGAAGUGCAUCCUCAUGAUGUUGUAUGGAAUAAUGUAUCAAGAACUGAUGGGAUAGCAUGUAAAUUUGAAAGAUAUUUAGUGACAUUAUUAUUCAUUUGUAUUAUUAUACUUUAUGUAAUUCCAGUUUCAUUAAUUGGUUUGGUAUCUCAAAUUCCCCAAUCAUCACAAACUCUACCAUUUAUAAGAUGGAUAAAUUGGUUUCCUGAUGAAGCAAAAGAGACUAUACUAGGAUUUAUACCUUCAAUUUUACUCACCAUCCUAACACAAUUAGUUAUGAUUCUUUUCCGAUUUUUCACAUAUUUUAAAGGAAAAGCAACUGGAAGUGAAAUUGAAAUAGAUUUGCAAAAAUGGUACUUCGUGUUUUUAUUUGUGCAACAAUUUUUGGUGGUAACUAUUUCAUCAAGUAUCACGGUUAUUUUCAAACAAAUUAUUGAUCAACCAACAUCAAUACCAAUUCUUUUGGCAACUAAUUUACCAAAAUCAGCUACUUUUUUCUUCCAAUAUAUUUGUCUCCGAGCAUUUGCAUUUUGUGGUGACAACUUUUUAAGAAUUAAAAAAUUAAUUUUGACCAACUCAUAUUAUAAAAUGAAAGAUUUGACACCAAGACAAAAAUUUAAAAGGAUCACAACGUUACCUCAAAUAAAAUGGGGAACAACAUUUGCUGUAUAUUCAAUAUAUGCAACAAUUGGAAUUUCUUAUUCUAUAAUUUCACCAUUGAUAUCUGUUUUCAUAAUUUUUUUCCUAAAUUUGUCAAUAUUAUAUUAUAAAUACGCCUUAAAAUAUAUUUAUAGUCACGUCAACACCUCGGAAACCAUGGGUAAAUUAUAUCCUACAGCAUUAUUGCAUUUAUACACGGGAAUUUAUUGUCUCGAAUGUUGUUUGAUAGGUGUUUUCUUUUUACUGAAAAACUCAAAAGGUUCCCAUUCAUUGAGAGUUCAAGGAUGGAUAAUGACUUGGAUUUUGUUCUUCACUAUAUUUGCUAAUAUAUUGAUUUAUAAUAGAUAUAUGCCAUAUUUCUCAAAUCUACCAAUAUUGAAUGAUAAAAUAAAUCAAGACGACAAAUCAAGUGAUGAAUCAACUGAAACUAAUGCUACUUCAAAGUAUGAUCAUGAAAUAUUAUAUCUUCAUCCAGCCUUUAAAAUAUUAAAGAAAAAAAUACCAUCAUAA